GUCCGCCCGCCCGCCGCUCGCGAUGAAGGCGGCCCAGGCCGCGGGUGCCGAGGCGCCGCAGGGCGCGCGGUCCGUCAAGGUGGUCCUGGUCGGCGACGGCGGCUGCGGGAAGACGUCGCUGCUGAUGGUCUUCGCCGAGGGGGCCUUCCCCGAGAGCUACACCCCCACUGUGUUUGAGCGGCUCACCGUUAAUCUGCAAAUGAAGGGCAAACCCCUGAACCUCCAAAUCUGGGACACAGCAGGGCAAGUUGACUAUGACCGCCUGCGGCCCCUCUUCUACCCCGACGCCAGCGUCCUUCUCCUCUGCUUCGAUGUCACCAGCCCGCACAGCUUUGACAACAUCUCUAACCGGUGGUACCCAGAGGUGAACCACUUCUGCAAGGAGGUGCCCAUCGUUGUCGUGGGCUGCAAGACUGACCUGCGCAAGGACAAGUCGCUGGUGAAGAAGCUGCGGAAAAAUAGGUUGGAGCCCGUGACCUACCACAGGGGCCAGGAGAUGGCAAGGUCCGUGGGCGCAGUGGCCUACCUCGAGUGCUCAGCCCUGCUCCAAGAAAACGUCCACGCGGUCUUCCAGGAAGCAGCGCAGGUGGCCCUCAGCAGCCGCAGUCGCAACUUCUGGAGGAGGGUUACCCGGAGCUGUUGCGUGGUGACCUGACAUCUUGAGGCCCUCCCUGCCCCAACCCCCCAGCAGCUCAGGAAGGAGCUGGGCGCUGAGCUGCCCAGUUGGCUGGGCUGGACCCAGUCCCGAGGCUGUGAUCACCGAACUGCACCUCAAACAGAUGGACACCACCGAGGCCGGGCCCCUGACCCUGGGGCUGCAAUCCCUGGACUAGAGCGUAACCCCCACUGCAAGGCCUGAGGAAGGGGCUUCCAGAGCCCACCUGCCUGGUAAAGGGCUACUCCUGGGGUCCCCUAAAAAUGACGACCAGACUCCCAGCUCCCAGCCUGGACCCACACAUCCGGAAGCAGCCUGUUCAGGGCUGCACCUUCGGGACCUGGCACUCCCAGGACCCUGGGCCACUACUCACACCCUUCCCCAUCCCCUUGCCCCCUGCCCAUCCAGUGGUAACUGUAACAACUAAAGCUACAUUGCUUGUCAGUUA